UGACACUUGACUUUGACACUUCACAUGUUUUUGUGUUUUUGUUGGUUCUAUUUUUCUUUUUGAUUCAUCAGUUAAAAAAUAAUUCAGCAAAAGCAAAUUGAUAAAAAAUAUUAUUCAAAGUAAACACAAUUAGAGAUAAAACGAUAUAAAAAUGUCACGACACAGAAUAGUCCGCACGAUGGACUUCAACGACGAAUACGAUGGCUACGACGAUGUCUAUGGCCAUUCUGUCGACGACGACACCUGCAUAUCGCCAACAGAUGCAUCACAAUGGUUGUUUGAUCGCGCUCGUGGACAACAGAGUAUGUCGGCUUUUAUAGCCAAUAAUCGGGAUAUCGCCGAGGAAGACGAAGGUGGACAAGACGACGAAGAAAUGUACGAAAAAUCUAGAAGGGACUCGGAAAGCUUCCAGAUGCCUGUGCUAAAUGACAUGGAACAAGCAAAGCUAGUGUCGUGCAUUGACGAGGUACGAAGUGUGGUUGGUGACGCUGUCUCGGAGAGAAGAAUCGUGGAGUCCUCGAUGAGGUUUGCCUACGACAUCACAAAGAUCCUCGAUGAGAUUCUGAGUGAAGAAAGUGAGAAGCCAGCUGCGAAAAAGGAGAAGAUCACUCCCAGUGUUUCAUCGAAGACGGCGGCCAAACCCAGUGGAGUGGUCUUGGAGAAAAGACCAGAGCCAGUGCCAACUGUGGCGGUGACUGUUCUUCAAGUUCCCGAGAAGGAUAUUCGCCGUGGGUUUGAAAUCAAUUCACCCCAGUUCCAGUCGCCAGCUGUUUCAGGGAGAAACACUCCAGAGCCAAAUAAUGGAGAGACAGAUGGUGCCCGUGGAGCUGGAGUUUUCAAAGUGUCCAAGGAACAAUCUCAGAGGAAUGCCCAACAACUGUACACCAAGGAAAGAGCCGACGAGAAGCCUCACUUCCAUAUGAUCGUCAUUGGUCAUGUGGACGCUGGCAAGAGUACUCUUAUGGGUCACAUCCUGUUCGACACUGGAAACGUAUCUCAGAGGGUUAUGCACAAACACGAGCAGGAGAGCAAGAAAAUGGGCAAACAGAGCUUCAUGUACGCAUGGGUUCUCGAUGAGACUGGCGAGGAACGCGCAAGGGGAAUCACGAUGGACGUUGGAAGCUCACGUAUUGAGACACCAAACAGAGUUGUCACUCUUCUAGAUGCUCCAGGUCACAAGGAUUUUAUCCCGAACAUGAUUUCCGGAGCUACUCAAGCUGAUGUCGCUCUUCUCGUUGUGGAUGCGACUCGUGGAGAAUUCGAGACUGGAUUUGAACAAGGAGGACAGACCCGGGAGCAUGCCUUAUUAGUCCGCUCACUUGGAGUGAGCCAACUCGCCGUAGUCAUCAAUAAGAUGGACACAGUCAACUGGGCCAAGGAGCGCUUUGACGAAAUCGUGGGCAAAUUGUCGGGCUUCUUAAAGAGAGCUGGAUUCCGAGUCUCAGAUGUGACAUUUAUCCCUUGCUCAGGGCUCACCGGUGAGAAUCUCACCAAGCCCGCUACCGACCCUGAACUGGUGUCAUGGUACACCGGACAGUACCUUCUCGAUGUCAUUGACAAAUUCAAGAUCCCCGAAAGAGCUAUUGACCGUCCCUUCCGCAUGUCCGUCUCGGAUAUAUUCAAAGGCACCGGAUCUGGACUGUGCAUCUCCGGCCGCAUUGAGACGGGCGUGCUGUGUGUCAACGACAAGGUCCUGGUCGGUCCGAGUCGUGAACAGGCUCUAGUUAAGGGCCUUUCAAUCGAUGAGGCUUCAAAGCUCACAGUUUUCGCCGGUGACCAGGUGUCUGUGACUCUAGCUGGAGUCGACAUCAAUACAAUCAAUGUGGGAUGCAUCAUUUGCGAUCCACAGAAUCCGAUUCCGGUCACUUCUCGCUUUCAGUGCCGCAUCUUGGUGUUCAAUGUCAAGGUUCCCAUUACAAUCGGGUUCCCAGUGAUUAUGCACCACCAGUCGCUCAUUGAACCUGCCACAAUAAUCAAACUGAAUUCACAGAUCCACAAGGGAACCGGAGAGGUAAUCAAGAAGAAACCACGUUGCUUGGGCAACGAUUCGUGUGCAGUGGUGGAAAUUGAGACAACGAGGCCAAUUUGUGUUGAGAAUUAUGCAGAUUUUAAGGAAUUGGGAAGGGUAAUGUUGCGAGUGGGUGGGGUGACUAUUGCCGCUGGGAUGAUCACAAAGAUUCGAUGAACAUAUAGACUGGGAUUUCUCUGCUGUUCUUUUUGUUACUUCGCUUAGUUGUAAGACUUUUAUCUAACUAGUAUAUUAUCAUGCAAUUAAUUUAACGUGUUCUUUAAAAUGGGAAUCAUCAAGAAUCAAGAAAAAUGAUUGUGAAGCAAUAAAUAAGGCGACAAUUCUUGAUUUAAGGAUUGCAAAUAAAUUGGACACGUUAAUGGCAAAA